CUGGCGGCACUGCUAGGCAUUGACUGGCACAACUGCUGGGCACUGACUGGCACAACCACUGGCACUGACUGGUGGCACUGCUGGGCUGCACUGCUGGGCACUGGUGGGUGGCACUGGUGGGCGGGCACAGGUGGGUGGCACUGCUGGGCACAGGUAGGUGGCACUUCUGAGCACAGGUGUGUGGCACUGCUGGGUGGCACAGGUGGGCACAGGUGGGCGCACUGCUGGGCACAGGUGGGCGGAACUGGUGGGUGGCACUGCUGGGCACCGAUCAUCAGGGCACUGAUCAUCAGUGCCCUGAUUAUCAGUGCCGAUCCCUGCUCUGACAACUGCCGGUUCUCGGCAGUACAUUCCUCACGCUCUGACAGCGUGAGGAAAGUGCAGCCGAGAACCGGCAAUUGC